AUGUCAUCGAUCGGCUCCGGAUAUGAUUUAAGUGCUUCCCAAUUUUCUCCUGACGGUCGCGUCUUUCAAGUUGAAUAUGCCAACAAGGCAGUCGAAGCAAGUGGAACUAUCGUCGCACUACGAUGCAAAGAUGGUGUUGCAUUUGCAGUAGAAAAGAUCGUCACCUCUCGUCUCUAUGAAUCUGGUUCCAAUAAACGAAUCCAUAAUGUUGAUCAACAUAUUGGAAUGGCUGUAGCUGGUCUUCUAGCAGAUGCUCGACAACUCUUAACUGUCGCUCGUGAUGAGGCUAAACAAUAUAAAUAUGACUAUGGAGUGUCGAUCCCGGUGAAAUAUCUAGCUGAUCGACUUGCUAUGUACAUGCAUGCUUAUACAUUGUAUGGAUUUGUUCGACCAUUUGGCUGUUUCAUCCUCUUGGCUGCUUAUGAAAGUGAUGGUCCACAACUGUAUGGUGUCGAACCAUCAGGUGUGACUUAUAAUUACUUUGGUAUUGCUGUUGGGAAAGCACAACAAACAGCGAAGACUGAAAUUGAAAAAUUGAAGUUGUCGGAAUUAAAAUUGGAAGAUGGAAUCAAAGAAGCAGCAAAGAUUAUCUAUCAAGUUCACGAUGAAGUCAAAGAUCGAAUGUUCGAGUUAGAACUCAGUUGGGUGGGAAAAGUUAACGAUGGCAAACAUGAACGAGUACCAACAAACGUCUUUGAAGAUGCUGAAAAAUUCGCUAAAGCAUCGUUGGAAGAAGCAGAUGAUGAUGACGAUGAAAUGUAG